AUGUCGACACCAGCAGAAGACCCGCACGAGCGCGAUAUGGGUUCCAGUUACAUGCCCUCAAGUCAUGUCGCCCAAUCCGAAUCUGAGGCCUUAUCGACCGAAUCUGAGGCCGUGCCGUCGACCGUGGAGGAAGAGCCACUAUUCCCCCUCAACGACAGCGUCUCCGGGCCGCGCCUCGCGGGGGCCAUACUUCGAAUCGCCGUACAUGAGACCGCUCAGUCUCCGGAAGUCGAUGAUGCUCCGUCUCCCGAGGUCGGCGAUUCUCAGUCUGACGCGGAUACACAAGACCUGCUAGCUGGAGCCGCAUUUGCUGCGAUGGGAAGCCGUAGACACCGACUCUCGCCAGACAGGCUAGCGGAAAUCCAAGAGCAGAGGGACGAGCUUCCCGCCGACAGCGGAGUCCGCCCCCAUGCGCGAGAGCUCUGCUUCUACGGCAGGUGGCUGUUGCUCCCUAUUCUGGGAUUGUCCGGCGCUUGCCCGUGUUUAUUGUUCGUCGUCGUUUUGAAUAGGGCUUUCCUCGCUGUUGCAAACCUGGAAGUAUUACUAGUGCGGACCAUGUACAAAGAAGCGUUGGCAGGAGACGCCCGCUCUUCAUAG